UAAUCGAGCUCAUGUGGUCUUGUGUGCGGAAACCGGAAACUACAAGUCAGCUGCUGGGAAGCUGACUGUGUUUAUCUCUAAAUAAGCUUGAUGGCUAAAGCACUCAAUUUUUAAGGUGUUUAUUACUCUGCUGGAGUAGCUAGUUUCUUGGAAACAGUUGAACGGCAGGUCUUUGGAAAGUCUACAGACUGUGAAGAUGAAGUCUGCAUUUCUUCUCGAGGCUCUCUCUUUGGCUUGUUUUGUGCUUUUCACCCUAGUGACAGCGAAGAAUUCUGAAGACAUCCGUUGUAAAUGCAUCUGUCCGCCAUACAGAGAGUUUCCAGGGCAAAUCUACAAACAAAAUGUCUCUCUCAAAGACUGUAACUGUCUCCAUGUCGUUGAACCCAUGCCUGUUGAGGGAAAAGAUGUGGAGGCGUACUGUUUACGCUGCGAGUGUAAAUAUGAAGAGAGGAGCUCAGGGACAAUUAAGGUUACCAUCAUAAUGUACCUCUCCAUUUUGGGCCUGCUGCUGCUCUACAUGGUCUACCUGACUCUCUUGGAGCCCAUGUUGAAGAGGCGUCUGUUUGGACAUUCACAGCUUAUCCAAAAUGAUGAUGAUGUUGGGGACCAGCAGCCUUUUGCCAACGCUCACAAUGUGUUGUCCCGUUCUCACUCUCGACCCAACAUGCUGAACAAAGUGGAGCAUGCCCAGCAGCGCUGGAGGAGGCAGGUCCAGGAACAGAGGAAGUCUGUGUUUGACCGUCAUGUUGUUCUCAGUUAAACUGCCCUGCGAGCAAGAGUUCCUGCUGGAGAAAAAACAAA